GGCUGCCUUCUCUCUCUGCCCUCCGUUCUUUCUCCAGACUUGCUCGGCCAUGUCGAAACGCAUCCGCAUUUUCACUGAGGAGGACGUCGCCAAGCACUCAGGCACCACCAGUUGCUGGGUCACCCGCGGCGGCAAGGUUUACGAUGUCACCACCUUCCUGGCCGACCAUCCCGGAGGAGACGAUCUCAUCCUCAACUAUGCCGGCAAGGACAUUGGUGCUAUCAUGAAGGACUCGGCCGAGCACGAGCAUUCGGACUCGGCAUACGAGAUGCUUGAGGAGUUCGUGAUUGGCAGACUAGGGGUAGGCGAACACAUUGUAGACGAAAACUGGGAGGCCCCCGACGAUUUCGAGCCUGAGGAAACAGAUACUUCAGCGGACUUCGAGAAGAACCAGUUCCUUGACCUCAGGAAGCCUCUGUUCAUGCAAGUGUUCCGGGCCGACUGGUCCAAGUCAUACUACCUCCAGCAGGUGCACCAACCCCGUCACCUCCAUGAGUCUCCCCGCCUGUUUGCUCCUUGGUACCUCGAGAUGUUCACGAGGACGGCUUGGUAUGUCGUGCCGAUUGUAUGGCUACCCAUCGCGGGGUACAUCUUCUUGCGCUCCUUGGUCCAGUUUUCGCAUGGACCAUACUCACUCCCUCCGUUUGCCGUGGACCCUUUGGCACCGGUGAAGGCCGCGCUUGCUGGUCGUAUUGUCCCUCAAGCCUUCCUCUAUGCCAUGCCGUCGUUUUUCCUCGGCAACCUCGUGUGGACCAUUCUGGAGUACAUCUUCCACAGGUUCUUGUUCCACAUUGACGGACUUCUCCCCGACCAUCCCUAUGCGUUGAUGCUCCACUUCUUGAUGCAUGGCAUCCACCACUACCUCCCCAUGGACAGGCUGAGGCUGGUCAUGCCCCCGUUGCUCUUCGUCGUCCUGUCAACGCCUAUGACCAGGCUGGCGCACCUCAUCUUCCCCAGGGCCAUGGCUAACGGUGUGAUCGCCGGCUCCUUCACGUUCUAUGUUCUUUACGACGUCAUGCAUUACGCUCUCCACCACACGAGACUCCCUGCGUAUGCCAAGGAAAUGAAGAAGUACCACCUAGCCCACCACUACAAGAACUUCGACCUUGGCUUCGGAGUUACGAGCAAGAUCUGGGACUACGUCUUCAACACCGUCCUACCCGUCUAGAGAGCCUUGCGCCUCGCGUGCGCCCUGGCGUUCACGAGGUAAAAGCAACAGAUUUGGUAGUUUGGAUGUCGUGGUUGUUCUUAUCGGUAUCGUAUAGUGGCUCUAAUGACCUCUUCACGGUGUAUGGAUGUUGCCAGGGUAGUGCAGUAGUUUGUUGACUCUGUUCAACCCCUCGCAUGUCUAGUGCCUUCGAUUGUGUGGCCAUAUUCAGCUAAUUGUGCAUAGACGGCUUGUAUAUACCUCCACCGCGAGCUGUAAGACAUGCUCGUACCAAGAUUCCCAAUUGUGUGGUCACCUCUUGCUGCGGUCAACGACAGGUCCCCUCUUCCAAGCAUCCCACAGCAUGGUUAUUCCCCG